AUGACGAACAGUUCUUAUAAUGUGGUCAAAUAUGUAAUUUCAACUUCAAAAGAACUAAAUGAUGGUUAUGAUUUACCUGUAUAUGGACUUGCUAAUGGCACGUUUUACAACCUCCACGUGCCAGCACUGGUUUGCAUAUUGUUAAGUUUAAUUAGCGCUGUGUCGGUCAUUAGUUACUCAUUUUACCAUCAGCGCAUAUCUACAUUCUUUGAGUGGACAAGAAGUGAAAGAUUCGCUGUUUACAUGGCAAUAUGUGAUGGCCUUUUUAACAUUUCUCAUUUUGCUGACCAUCUGCAUAUUGUUCUUACGAAGAGUCUACCAACUCCAAAAGUUUUGUGUGCUUUCUAUGGAUAUUUGUUGGCGGAAUUCAUAACAGCUCAGAACUUAUUGGUCAGUAACGUUGCCAUUAAUGUUUUUGUAUUGGUAUAUUUUCGGAAAAAGCUGAACUUUGGGUAUAGAGAUUACCGACUUCUUUGUAUCAUUUUUUUAGUUCCUGCAUUAGUAUUUACAGUGGUUGCUGCCUCAGGACAGCACGGUCCAAAUGGAAGCUUCUGCUACUUUGAUGGUGUAACUGGACAGAUAUCCAACAUUAUCUUUACAACAAUAUUACUUUGUUUCAUUUUGAUAAGCAAUAUAAUUCUUUACGUCAUGAGCUUGGUACGUAUCUAUAAAGAAGCACAAGCAAUCAAAAAGAGUCUUGGAAAAUCUUACAAAGCUUUGGAAGCAUCACACAGAGCUGCCAAAACCAUGUCUUUAUUCGUUGCGGCAUUUCUUGUACAGUGGUGGGCCAUGGCGAUGUAUGGUAUUUGGCAGUGGAUUACGGAUGUCCCGCAACUUUUGUUUAAUUUCGUAACAACAUUUUCAAAUGUUGGUGGUAUACUUAAUGGAAUAGUAUUUAUUAUUAUUAUGAGAAGGAAACGUGUUGAGCUGGGCACUUAAAAAAAGCAGGACAUCAAGGAAUUGGCAAUUAAGCAUGCAGUCAUAAUGCAACAAUUAAGUAAUCAAUUGUAGACCCGUCUUAACUUUCAAGAUAAUUAAUACGUGAAU